AGCCUCUCUCAGACCCCAGGGUAAUGGGGUGGGGGAAGGACGGGAGAGAAAGCGCACACACAUCCAUCCAUACAGGGCUGAGCAAAACAAAGAAAGAGUGUGGGCCGGUGACUUCAUACUUCACCAAUGUCCCGCCCACGCGCCCACAGCCUCUGCUGCCCCAGCCCAGAUCUCCCGGGCGGGCGUGGAACCCGCGCCCGUCUCUUAGCAACUGCCGAGCCGCCGAAGUCGCGCAGUCCCAGCUGCCCGGAGAGCCCCAAAGGGACAAGCUAGGCCUAGCUGGGAGCCCCUGGUGCUCAGCAGCCCCCGUCCCAGCCCCUCGUUGCCAGGAUCUGUUCCCGGCCGGGGCUGCACUCUAGGCCCCUGAGCGCUGGGGACUCCGCGCCUGAACAGCGGCGAGAACGGUUUUCUGGUUCCAAAGGGGGGAGGAGAAAGAAGAGGGGAGGGAGGGGGGAGCCCAACCUCCUCUUACCUCCCUCCACUCCCCCCCCCGGGACGUGCCCGGGGCCCCUCUAGCCCCACCACACCCCCCGCGCCCGCCCCCUUCACCUAGUCUCCAAAGCAGCAUCCCUGCCCACCCGCCGAGAAACUCGACGUGGCCGCUGCCCGUGCGCCCGGCCAGGGGCCGCUCCAGUGCGUGCCUUCUACUACCCAAGAAGGAGCAGCGGCUCCAGCCUCCGUUGCCCAGCUUCAUCCCGACCCGGGGCUGCCUUCGGGCAGUGUAGUCCCUCGGUCCCCGGGGCAGCCAGAACGCAACUUUGGCCACCUGUGUCUCGGAGCCUCCCAGUCCCCGGCCGGAGUCACUCCGUCCUGGGGCCGGGCCCCGAGCCCGCUCACUCCCUCCCACCCCCGCCCCCCCGCCGCCGCCGCCGGGCGCUUUGUUCGGGGCAGGCUCCCGCCGAGCUGAUUGAUGCCGCAGCGGCUCCGUCGGGGGCGGCCGCGGGCAGAGCUAGGAACAAAAGCCCUUUGUCCCGGGCCGGCCGGGCGGGGGCUGGGGCGCGGGCAGCCGGACCGGCCCCCGCGCGCUGGCUCCGAGGCUCGCCCUGAAUGAAGCGCGAGCGCCCGCCGCUGCCCUUCUCCGGACUCUGCCUCGCCUUCGUGCUCCAGCCCAGCUCCCAAGCCCAUUGUGCGAAGCGCCCGGAGUCCGGCGGCCGCCCUGACAUGCUGUGCCCCGCUCGGGCUCUGGACCCGCUCCAGCUCCCUGCCGAGAGGGCGCCCCAAGGCACUGAGCCCUGCCAGGGCUGGAAAGGAGAGACGUGCGACUGAAACUUGGCCCCCAAGGAUUUCCCCGCCGGGCUGCUCCAAACCCAGGCGGGAGACGAGUCCCAGAGCUUGAAGCCAGCGACCAGGAGGGGCCGCCCGCCGUGCGCUGCCAGCGAUGUGGGGCUCGGCCUUGGCGCUCUGGACUGCAGCCGGCAUGGUGUGCCUGCAGAAGGGCCGCCGAGCUCCGGGGCCCGUGCUUGGGGCCGCCUGCCUGUUCUCCAUGGCUUUCGGACUGGGAGAGAGUAGUGAAGAGAAUCGAUGUACCACCUCGAAUGCAGCAACGUGUACCAAGUGCCUGGCGCUGGGUCCAGAGUGCGGAUGGUGUGCCCAAGAGGAUUUCAUGGCUGGAGCGUCAGCGAGUGAACGUUGUGACAUUGUUUCCAACUUAAUAAGCAAAGGCUGCUUGUCCGAUUUUAUAGAAUCCCCUUCAGUUGGCGUGACGAUACCCAGUGGAAGUGAAGCAAACACUCAAGUCACCCCUGGAGAGGUGUUCAUCCAGCUGCGACCAGGAGCAGAAGCGAGUUUUAUGUUGAAAAUCCAGCCUCUCCAGAAGUAUCCAGUGGACCUCUAUUAUCUCGUCGACGUCUCUGCCUCUAUGCACAAUAAUAUUGAAAAACUCAACUCUGUCGGAAAUGAUUUAUCCCAGAAAAUGGCAUCUUUUUCCCAUGACUUUCGACUUGGAUUUGGAUCCUACGUGGAUAAAACAGUGUCUCCCUACAUCAGCAUCCACCCCGGCAGAAUCCACAACCAGUGCAGCGAUUACAACUUGGACUGCAUGCCUCCUCACGGCUACAUCCACGUGCUCUCUCUGACCGAGAACAUCACGGAGUUCGAACGAGCAGUUGACAGACAGAAAAUCUCAGGGAAUAUUGAUACGCCCGAAGGAGGUUUCGAUGCCAUGCUCCAGGCGGCCGUAUGCCAGAGUCAUAUUGGUUGGCGCAAGGAAGCUAAAAGGUUGCUUCUUGUGAUGACAGAUCAGACUUCCCACCUUGCCCUUGAUAGCAAACUUGCAGGGAUCGUGGUGCCCAACGAUGGAGAAUGCCACCUAAAAGACAACGUCUACAUCAAAUCCACCACCAUGGAGCAUCCAUCACUGGGGCAACUUGCAGAAAAAUUAAUAGACAACAAUAUUAAUGUUAUAUUUGCAGUUCAAGGGAAACAGUUUCAUUGGUACAAGGAUCUCCUGCCUCUCUUGCCUGGCACUGUGGCCGGCCAAAUUGAAUCAAAAGCAGCAAAUCUCAACAACCUGGUAGUGGAUGCCUAUAAGAAACUGAUUUCCGAAGUGAGAGUUCAGGUGGAGAAUCCAAUACAAGGAGUCCAUUUUACCAUCACAGCCAUCUGUCCUGAUGGGAGCAGACAUACAGGGAUGGAAGGAUGCAGAAAUGUGACCAGCAACAAUGAAGUUCUGUUCAAUGUCACCAUGACCAUGGAUGGAUGUGAUGGAGCUUAUGGGGAAAGCUAUGCCAUCAUCAAGCCCAUUGGUUUCAAUGAAAGUACUAAAGUCCACAUUUAUAGGAACUGUAGCUGCCAGUGUGGUGAUGGGAAACGGAAAUGUGUAGAUGAAACUCUCUUAGGUCCUACUUGCUCCCAAUGUGAGGGUGACAAAUGUCAUUUUGAUGAAGCCAAAUUCCCUCUGGACAGUUGUAAGGCACAACAGAACCAGCCGGUCUGCAGCGGUCAAGGUGUUUGCAUAUGUGGGAAAUGUUUCUGCCACAAAACUAAACUUGGAAAAGUAUAUGGAAAAUACUGUGAAAUGGAUGACUUUUCCUGUCCAUAUCACCAUGGAAACCUUUGUGCUGGGCAUGGUGAAUGUGAAGCAGGGAGAUGCAAGUGCUUCCGUGGUUGGGAAGGAGACCGUUGCCAGUGCCCAUCCUCCUCUGCCCAACACUGCAUCAAUUCCAAGGGCCAGGUGUGCAGUGGAAGAGGAGCCUGUGUGUGUGGGAAGUGCGAAUGCACCGAUCCCCAGAUUGUUGGCCGUUUCUGUGAAUAUUGCCCCACCUGUGAUACAGCCUGCGAUGAAAACCGGAGUUGUGUCCAAUGCCACCAUCCUCAUAAUGUAUCUCAAGCCAUACUUGAUCGCUGCAGAGCCUUGUGUCCUCCAAAGGCCCAUUAUGUUGACCAAAUAGAAGAAUGUCCCUCUAGCCCAAGCCAUUUCCGAAUAUUCUUCAUCAUCUUCAUCAUCACAUUCCUUAUUGGAUUACUGAAGGUCCUCAUCAUCAGACAGAUCAUCCUCCAGAGGACCAGAAAUAAAGUGAAAUCUUCAAAUUACAGAGUGUCUACAUCGAAGAAGGAUAAGAUGUUUCUGCCUACCGUUUGCACACGCACAGUCACAUACCGCCGUGACAAACCCGAAGAGAUAAACAUCAACAUCAGUAAAUUGCACCCACACGAGACUUUUAAGUGCAACUUCUAAAAGGGUGGAAGCUUCAUUAGAAAGCGUCUCCAUGACCAUCUAUUAAAAAGAAGUCCCAGGAGAUGCCAAAAUGGUCUUCAGUCACACCGGUUGGCAUCUGAACAUUCUGAUCGAGAUUGAUGUGCUUCCAUAUUGUGACAUGUCCAUUGGAUGUGAUAGCUGCUGAUUUUUUUGAAAGAGAAAUGUGGCUUACUACUGUUUGAGACUAGUGUUGUUGUAGCACUUUAAUGUAAUAUAUAACUUAUUACUUACAGCAUAGAAUGUAGAUCUGAACAGCACUGAUCUCACUUUACAGGUAGCUAACCUCCAUCCCUUUUCCCUGCUCUGGAAAAGACAGUGCUGUGAGAUGACUUCGGCAUCACUGUAUACUACAAGGGUACAAUACUCUCUUGGGUCAUAUUCAUUUGUCGCCAAACUUCCAAAUGAAAAAGGUGUUUAAUUUUCAUUCAGUUCACCAGGUGUUUACAUUUUUAACCUUCAAGUAGAAUGUAAACUCCUUAAGAUCCAAGACUACUUUGUGUUUUUCCUUUGUCUCGCCAAAGCCUAACCCAUAGUCUGGCUCUUGGUGUGAAUGCUGGCAAGCUGCAUUGAACAGAGAAAAACCUCUAGAUUGAAUUGUCAACUCGAUCUUGAUAUUUUGGUGAUGGGUGAUGGGAGAUAAAUGGUGGUGGGACAGUGUAACCUUCAUCUCAUAGUAAGUGAUUUUGUUUUCUAAACUCUAGGGUGGUGGUUGUUUUUUUGUUGUUGUUGUUGUUUAUUGUUGCUUGUGUGUGUGUUUGCAUGUGUGUGUGUGUGAGCGUGUAUUUUACAAACUCUAAUCCAGAAGUGUCUCCCAACUGGUUUUUCAACGUAUGUCACAAAUUACUGGGUCAAAGACAUGCUUAGCUACUGCCACUGGAAAGACCGAGGAUGUUGACUGUCAGUUUCAUGGAAUCUCUUUGUUGGCAAUGACCAAAGGGUCAGUAAGAGAGAUCUUGUAAGGAAGCAUCAGGUUUCUAGAGAAUGUCAUUCCCUCAUUUCCUAGUGCUUUAGGGUUUGGAAUUUUCUUACCUGAUCAAAUAGAUGCAUGUCAGUCUUUCCUUUGCCCUGAUGGGGAAUUUGAACCUCAACAGAUAUCUAAAAACUGUGCCAUCAGACAAAGUACCCAGUAAUGGCAUCUUUUGUUUUUAACUUAGGAAAGUCAUAUGCCAAUUUUGCCACACAAACUGGAUUUUGAUUUUUUCUAUCAGUGUGUUAAACUAGCCUGAUGACUCCUGUUUCCCCAUUGUUGAAAUAGGAAGGACCUGAGUUGCCUUUUCUCAACAGAGAUUCUGAAAAAUGUAAAAGAAUACUAGCGAUCCUGUAUUCUGACUUUCUCUUUUACUCCAUUAAUAUUUUACUGAUAAGAAAAUGGAUGUGCCAAAGAGAAUACAUGACUUACUGAAGCUCACAAGUUGUUUUUUUUAUUAAUAAGCUGGGGAUUUUUUAUUUUGCUACAAUAGGCUACCUCCUAAAUCUUUUAAAUUAAUAUUGAAUUAUAAAGAUUUUUUGUUUCUUUGUCAGAAGUAUAGAUGUAUACAUUUAUAUAUGCAGAGAUAUAUAAAUGGGUGUCAUAAUUCAAAAAACAAAGGGGAGAGGGGAAGCUAGUGCCCCCAAAAACCUAUUGGGUAAUAGAAUCUCUUAGAUACAUAGAAUCACAGAUUUUGAAUGUUGAAAGAGACCUUGACACCUUUCCAAUCAAACUCAUUAGCAAAAAGAGUUUCUAGUUUCCAAAACGUCCUAUUUGCCCAACUCUUUGGUGACUUCCUCGCUGGAAAAGACACUUUCGUUUCCCUAUAUUUAUAAACACAUUCAAAGUAGGCAGUGUGGUAUAAUGAAUGAUUCCCCCUUAGAGUCAGGGAAGGCUGGGUUCUAGUCCUCCCCAGGACACAGACUGGCUGUGUGACAUUGAACAGGCCACAUUCACUUAUUCAUCAUUCUCUCUUCCUCUUAAAUCAGAGAUUCAGAGCAAAUAAAACAAAAAUAGCUACCUUAAAUUCUGUUUUACAACCUUCACUUUGUGUCUUAGUGUCCCUUCUAAGGCAGAAGAGUAGUUAAGGACUAGGCAAUUAGGGUUAAGUGACAUAGCCAGGGUCACAUAGCCAGGAAGCAUCUGAGGCCAGAUUUGGAUCCAGGUCCUCCCAACUCCAGGCCUUCUGCCCCAUAUGGGUAUUAUUUUUUAUCUCAUAGAAUUACAAAUGGUUGAGUCCCUAAAAUGUAUCCCUUUUAUACCCAGCAGAGAAGUUUUUCCAGAUUUGGCUUCUAUCCAUUCCUUUUUGUCAAACAAUUGAAUUCUACCCUAUAUUGGCUACUUGAAAGAUGAAAAUUCCUUAAAUGAGCAAAACUCUCAAUUAUUAUAAAAAUGCUCUCACAUCUAACAUUGAUUAAAUGUGAAAACUUAUCACAUGUCUUAGCCAAUUGUAGAGUAUUCUGAAUUCAUCUCCUGCAUCCAACUAAUUGGAUCCAGCUAAAUGGGGCCUGGGUUAAUUGUCCUUUUAAAAGAAGUGAUUUGGGGAAGGAAGGAAGGAAGGAAGGAAGGAAGGAAGGAAGGAAGGAAGGAAGGAAGGAAGGAAGGAAGGAAGGAAGGAAGGAAGGAAGGAAGGAAGGAAGGAAGGAAGGAAGGAAGGAAGGAAGGAAGGAAGGAAGGAAGGAAGGAAGGAAGGAAGGAAGGAAGGAAGGAAGGAAGGAAGGAAGGAAGGAAGACAAGAAGGAAGACAAGAAGGAAGGAAGGAAGACAAGAAGGAAGGAAAGAAGGAAGGAAGGAAGGGAGGGAGAAAAGAAAAAAAUGGAAAGAAGGGAAAGGAGGGAAGGAAGGGAGGAAGGGAGGGAGGGAGGGAGAAAAGAAAAAAAUGGAAAGAAGGGAAAGGAGGGAAGGAAGGAAGGGAGAAAAGAAAAAUGGAAAGGAAGGAAGGAAGGAAGGGGAAGGGAAGGAAAAGAAGAAAAGGAAGGAAGGCAUUUUUCACUGAGUGAAGUGCUGUGUGUUACUUAACUGAUUUCCUGUUUCAUGAUGUCCUAUCAUGCUUGUUCUUCCUUAGAUAAAUAAUUAUCAGUUUAAUAUUCUUUUACUUAAAUUAUUUAGAUUUUUUGAUUCAUUGAUAUCAUUCAAUUGAUAACAUUUUGAAAUGUUAGUGUCUUCUAAUUAAUUUAAUAGGUGAGGGGAAAACAGGGUAUUUUUAGAAUAGCUAACUUUUGUAUAUAUGGCUUAGUUUCUAUUCAAGUUAUAACAAGAAGCCUUUUGUGACUGAUUAAAAGAAGUGGGAAAAUGGAAAUAAAGGUUAAAAAAAAAAACCCUUGCUUUGAACUCACAAUUAAGAUUCUUUUUAUCAAAACUUCACAGGAUAUUUUGUUGUGGUACAGCAUAUGUGCUCCCCUCAAUAAAUAAAUACAGAAAAAGAUAUCUCUCACAUACACACUACAAUCAAGCUGUACGUGUACAUAAAGCAAUGUGAUACAACAGAAAUAGUUUUGGCUUUAGGGUUGAAGCAUCUGAGUUCAAAUCCUGAAUCUGUCACUUACUACUUGUGUGACCUUAGUCAAGUCCCUUAACUCCCCGAGUCUUAUUUUCCAUAUGCAAAAUAUAGAUACUGCCCCUGGUGCCCUCUUCUGCAUCUAGUAUUCUGUGUUUUCUUUAACUUGGAUAUUUGACAAAAUUCUCUGUGUUAGGAUUAAAUCAGUGUUCAGGCUAUUAGCUGGCAGCCAUUGAUUGAGGAAAAUAAAUUCUCUCAAGGAAUCAGGCAUCCCUAAAGGAAUUGGUUUUGUCCCAAGUGUCCUAAUGAACAUUCCUUCUCUUAUGAACAUAUCAGAGGGGUGAAGAAGCCAGUUUGAGAGGAGAAAUAAAAUCUCCAAAGAGGAAAGCUCUGGCUUAAGGUGAAUUAGGCCAAGCCCAAUGAGGCAUUUCAUGCAGAAGGGUUUAUCUCAAGGUUCUCAUCACUAGUUGUAGUUUUUCAGUUGGGACUGAUCUGAACUCAGAGGAAUGUUCAUUUGGAGAGGAAAACAGCCAAAAAUAUUAUCUUAGGGAAGGUUUCUAUGGUUAGUUAACAUUCAUUCCUCCUCCUCCUCCUCCUCCUCCUCCUCCUCCUCCUCCUCCUCCUCCUCCUCCUCCUCUCUGUCUCUCUGUCUCUCUCUCUCCUCUCUCUCCCUCUCCCUCUCUGUCUCUGUCUCUCUCUCUCUGUCUGUCUCUCCUUCUCUCCCUGACUCCCUCUCUCUCUCACUCUCUCUCUCUCUCCCCCUCUCUCCCACUCUCAACAUCUCUCCUCUUCCUCCUUUUUAUUUUCUCCUUAUUUUUAUUUUUCUCCAUCUCCUUUCUUGUGAAGAGGGAUCAUAGAACAUAGAAUUAUAAAUUCAUUUAUCAAAACCAAUACCCCCCACUUAAAUUUAUAAAUGAGGAAACUGAGGUGUAGAAUGACUUGCCCAAGGUCACCCAGUAUCUUUUCCCUACUUCUUUUUGCUUACUAUUUUAUCAAAGACAAUUCCUCAGUUAUACAUUCUUCAAGGGAUUCUUUUAAUAUAGUGUCAGCCAGGAAACACAAUUAAGGGAACUCAGAAAUCUAGAACCCAUCCACAGAAAUUCACUUUGGAGGUCAAUUCUUACUUAAGUAUCUAAUUAUUUUCUUACCCAAAAAUGUAAGAGUGUGGCUUAGUUGAGUUCUUGAAACCCUUUACAAGUCUAUGAAUGCCCCUAACUUCUCUACAAUAGAGCCUUAGAGCUGGCAAAAAUACAGGUUGUAUCUCAUGUGAUCCUCACAAGAAUCCUAUGAGGCGGCUGCUGGUUUUGUUUUGUUUUGUUUUGUUUUAUAAAAAUGUCAGUUAAUGUGAUUUCUUUUCAAGCUGCUUAUAGAGUUAGCACAGAAACUGCCUUAUGCCUAUGCCAGAGGAAUAGAAUAAUGCAGGUGACUUUCUUUCACUUCCUAAUGGAGCUUAAGACUCAGUGCAUCCAUAUGCAAGUCCACGAUCGCAAAUAAAUUUUUUAGAUUGAGGGAGCUGAAAGGCGAGUGCUCUGGACCCCAAACCAAGAAAAUCUGGUUUCUCAAUUCUUGUUCUGACGCAACUGGGCAUCUGCUUACUGACAUAUCAUAAUAUACCCUUAAUAAACACUUGUCAGCUGAUCAUGGGAUCCUGAGUAGUAUCUCAAAAAGAUCUCGAAAGUGGGUAUAAUGACAGCAGUUGCCUCAGAGUUAUUGGGAGAAUCAGAUGAGGAAGAUGUGAAUGUUUUCCACUGGGGAGGGGGGACAGUGAUUCAGGAGAUUAGGGCAGUGCACAGAUCUCCAGGUCAGGUGGAUUAUUCCCAACAUUCCCCAAUUUUGUGGUUUGCCCUUGACAUUGAACUAGGAUAGGCUUGUAGAAAGAAGGAAAAGGACAUCAGGAGCCUUACUUCUUGGCUGCUGUGAAGGAAGCCAUUGUAGGCGACUGAAGGAGAAGCUCUUUUCCAUUAGAGAGAAAGUGGGACAAGAAUGUUCUCCCCCAGGUCAGGGUUCUUCUUCAGCAUUUCACAGUUCAAUGGCAAGAUUUGACCCCUUGAAUUUGGAGGCUGGUGGUGAAAACCUUCUUGGCAGUAAGUCAGUCUCUUUCUCCCAGACUUCUUAGUCACCACCCUCCAGGAAAGGACCCAAAGCCUGGUUACAUUCAGCAUUUUGCCAACUUUAAUGUGCCCUAGAAAUGUAAGUUGUCCCUGGAUGCCCAGAAAGCAUGUUUUCUUGCAAAGAAAAAACAAAAACAAGAACAAGAGCUUACCUAUUCAUUUUUUCAGAGCCUUCAUUUAUGGAUAAACUGUAGGACAGAUUCCCUCUGACACCCCCAUGUCAAAGAAAGACAAUGCAUCAUUGGAAAUGGUGUCUUGGGUGCCCUAGUCAUGUCAUAUCACAUCAGUCCUGUUGUCUUUCAUCUUGUUGCUAGGUAGUCAAUAUGGUACCAUGGAACCAUGCUCAGGGCACACAUGUUGGCCAUGCCUUCCCUCAGCCCUCCAUAGCUCCCCUCCUCCUUUCUUCUCCCUCCAUCCUAAUUUAGUCCAGAAUGGGUUCUCAUUCUCCUCUUAACUGCACAUGUAUAUUAUUUGAAAUGCCUGCAUUAUGGGCUGAACUGGAAUCCUGGGCAACUACCCUCUAACCUCUUAGAAUUCAUUUCUGGGUAAGAUGGCUCCCUCCAUCAUAUACUCUGAGCUUUACAGGGCAGGAACUGUUUCUUGUCUUGUCUUUACAUCUCUUGCGUUUCACUCAGUACAAGGGGGUCCAAGGUAUUUUACAGAAGCUUACUGAAUUGAAUUGAACUUAUCAGUUGGACUUGGCUCUUUCAAAUGGAUUUUUCCUUUGGUUUGUAAUGACCUAAACUUCUCCCUGUCUUUUUCCCCUUUCCCUUCCCUGAGAACCAUUCCUUACAAGAACAACAAAAAUGAAUUAAUUAAAGAUUAAGAGAAAAAGAAAAAGAAAGGUGAGGUAAAAAAAAACCUGAGCAAAAUUGACAUUUUUCAAAUGUGACAUUGUAUGCAGUGUUCUCCACCUUUGGAACCCCACCUCUAGAAAGGAUUAAGAGGAGGUAGGUGUCUUCUCUUAUCUUUUAUUGGAGUCAACCUUGCUCUUUAUAAUUCCAUAUUCUUGAGUUUUAAUUCUCCAUUAUUUAUUCUUCCCCUUCAUUAAGUCGGACUUUUGAAAGAAAUUUCUGAAUCUGACCUCUUGCUCCAUUUCAGCCAAGAAAUACUGGUUUGUUUCUUUAAAACUCGGCCCCAUCUAUGGAUUUUUCCGGUGUAGGUAAGACCUCCUACAUUUUUCCAUCAGCAAGAGCACACAGAGUGGAUGGGCCAUUCCCACAACCAGAAAAGCUGACUGGAUAUACAAAAAGUCAGAAUUUUAAAAUAUAGGAAAAAUAAAAUUUGCACAAAUUAGCACAGAUAUUCAUUGAAAGUAUAUUUUAUGUGUCAUUAGAGUCUGUUUUACUUUUAACUUCUACUGCUUUGAAGGAAUUCAACCUCCGUAAGAAUCUCUUUAUAAAUGUUUUUCAGUUGUCAAGAGGUUAACGUUUAGUCUGUCAAAUUUUUAUAUUUUAACCUAUACUACCUUUUAAAAAAUUGAAUUAUAAUAUAGCUCCUAAGUUUUUAAAUUGAAGAAUUUUGAACUUAAAAAUAGCUUUUAGGGAAAGAAUUAGGUUCUCAUUAAACUUACCAAAUACUUCAUUUGCAGCUUUUUAACAUUUAAAAUUUAAAAAUUGUAAUGAUGAUGAAAAAUGUAAUGGCUAUCUUGAUUUCCCCGAUGUCAUUUAUGUGCCUGAUUUUUAAUUCUAGCUGACUACUAACUCCUAUUUUGAAGUAUUUAUUAAUGAAUUGACACUGUAGUUUUCUGUGAGAUGUUUAUUUUUCUAACAGAGCUCAUAACAACUUAAGAGAUUUGUGUUUUAUUGAUGGAGCAUUCUAAAAAUCAAUGUUUCAUCGAGAUUAAAUGGCGUCUGUUUUGAAAUUAAAAUAUAAAGUUCUAAGGGAA